CCACGGUGCUGCAAUUGCGUCCGUCAGCUGUUUUGGCUAGCACCUUCUGUGAAAUUUCAAAUUAAUUGCUGUGAUAAAAGCUGUAAGUGCCCCUUGUCUUGACGCUGCGGUGUUUCCAGGUAUACCUCCGUAACAAGUAAAUAUAUGCGUGAUAUACACAGCUACAUAACGAUAGAAAGCGGCGAACCGAACAUGAAUAAAUGUUGCACACAUACCCAAACAACAAUUGCGACAUCCAACGUUACUACGGCGCCCACAGCUUUGCAGCCGCGUUCCAAGUGUGUUCUGGCAUUAGGCAGCAACAGCAGCAACAAGCACAUGUCGGAGAAGCUGGAGAGGAGCGAUUCCAAAGCGUCGCUGCCACUAACAGCUGACAUUCGGGUCCAAAUCGAAGGUCGGAUGCAGACUGCCUUUGAUUUUUUUACGCAGACACUGGAGCUGUACAGCGUGGAUCAGUUGAUGUUCUGUUUUAAUGGCGGAAAGGACUGCACCGUGCUUCUGGACCUGCUGAUGCGAUACUGCCGGCUGCAUAGCAUCAACAGCCGGGACAUACCCAUGCUUUACAUUAAGUCGGACGAUGCUUUUGCUGAAAUUGACGAGUUUGUGGCGCGCUGUGUGCGCCACUACAAUGUUCAACUGAUUGAGUACAAAGAGUCGCUAAAGGAGGCGCUUACGCACAUGUCGGCGGAUAUGCCACGCAUCAAAGCAGUGUUUGUAGGCAGUCGCAACACAGAUCCAUACUGUGAGCAUUUGGAGCCGAUGUCGCCCACGGACAAUGGUUGGCCGGCCAUGAUGAGGCUGAACCCCCUGCUGCAAUGGUCCUACCACGACGUCUGGCACUAUAUACACAUGUACAACGUGCCCUACUGCCGCCUUUACGACCAAGGCUACACAUCGAUCGGCUACAGGUCAAACACAGUGCCUAAUCCGCAUUUGCUACGCUGCGAAAGCGACACCCACUGCGCCAACGAUGGUACUUGCUGCUAUCGACCUGCCUGGGAGCUGGAAGACGCCACGCAGGAGCGCGCAGGACGCAUAGCCAGGAAGCAGUAGUGAUUAUUUAGUUCUUUGGUGCAAAAUUCUGUAAACUAUCCAAUUAAAGCUGUAAAUAUGUACAUAUGUA